AAAUGCCCCCGCCACCUUAUGUAAACCCGAAUCAAGCGCACGGUCAGCCGCAUACUAACGUAGGACCAAAGAAACAAAAGAAAAAUAUACAAACAUCCACAUCUCUCCCUACAUUCAAACACUAUAUAUACACCGAAAUUCGCUAUAUCUUCCAUCCUAUCCAUUCACAUUCCAAACCAACAUUCAUACAUUUCUCAGCAAUGGCUCCUCCAACUUCAUUUCUCCUUAUCACUCUCAUUUCCUUACUAAGUCUACUAAUCACAGCUCAUGCUAGCCUUAAUAGUACUCAGAUCAUCGCCCAAUUCAUCGACGGUCACAACAGUGCCAGACGUGCGGUUGGAGUCCCUCCACUCAAGUGGGAGCCCCUACUGGCCCGGUACGCACGUGUGUACUCCAACGAACGGCGCAAGGACUGUGCUCUGGUGCACUCGCCAGGGUACGGGUUCGGUGAGAACAUCUUCUGGGGCCAAGGACACAGAUGGACGGCUAAAGAUGCGGUGGACGCUUGGGCGGCUGAGAAGCAGUUCUACCAUUAUAGCGAUAACACGUGCUCGAGCAGGGAUUGUUCGCACUACACCCAGAUGGUUUGGCGCACGACGGAGCGUGUGGGGUGUGCCCAGAUCAUCUGUGACAGUGGGGACACGUUCAUAACGUGCGAGUACUAUCCGCCUGGGAAUUACGCCGGAGCUCGGCCGUACUAAAUGUCCGUCUCAUCAUCACCGUCCGUUUAUUUUUAUCAUUAAUUGUUUAUUAGGGUGGAAUUAUG